CACACUACCACCGUCUCUCCCAUCUCCCUAGUCCAAUCCAGCCAGGCUCAACUACUAUGUCAGACAAGGCAUCCUCAUCUAAGACGGAGGCGGCCCCGCCUACUAAGAUCAUCGAGCCUCACAAGGACGAUGACCACCCUGCAGCACUUGGCGUACUCGAGGAGGAUGACGAGUUCGAGGAGUUCCCGGUGGCAGACUGGGACGACUCGCAGACAGACCUCGCACACCUCGGCGGCGCUGCUCCCGGAGCGGCCAAGUCUGGCGGUGACAAGCUCUGGGAAGAUAACUGGGAUGAUGACGACGUCGAGGACGAUUUCAGUGUGCAACUAAGGAACGAGCUCGCGAAGAAGAAUGGCACCGAUGCGAUGCAACACUAGGGCGGCUGCUCCGUCCACAAGUCAUAUCCAUCUCACCUACUUUUCUACUGUCGCCUGCUGUAUCAGAUGCAUCACUGAAAUACUCCGGACCCGCACUCUGAAUGCGACACGUGAAGCAUGUGAAGCCUGAAGCUCCUCGUGUAGCUGUGAAGAUCUCGUCCACGUUCGUCGACCGCUGGCUGUCAAUUAC